AUGCCUUCCAAGGAUCUCCCGUCAUUGCUGGAGAAGUUGGGUGGAGAUAUCGCCGCGAAUGUCAAGACUCUUUCCGUGGCGCUCCGUGACGUGGAACAGCCUGCGCUGUCCUUUGCCGCAGAUAGUCCAGUCUACGUGCUCCCGUCCAAUGCCCCAGCUGCGGCACAUGAAUCCCGUGCUGCGAUCUCCGAGGCCUGCACUGAGCUUUUCCAGCUGGUCAGCGGGCCAAGCGAGCUGCUUCCCAACUUCAUGGCAAACUAUCAAACGAUUUUUGCCUUUCAGUGGCUGCUCCACUUCGAGAUACUUCCCCUGAUACCGCCGGAAGGCUCCAUCAGCUACACCGCCGUCGCUGAAGCCGCCAAAGUCCCCGAGUCGCAGCUGAAAAGCGUAGCUCGCAUGGUCAUGACAAGCAAGGUUCUCUGCGAAACCGCUGACAAGGAGCUCGCCCACAGCGCAGCUUCGGCCAUGUUUCUGAAGAUUCCCAACAUGCUCGACUGGGCACGUUUCAUGUGUCGUGCGUCCAUCCCAACCGCCGCGAACAUGAUCCAAGCGACAGAACGUUGGCCAGAGAGCGCCCAGAAGACCGAGACUGCCUACAAUAUCGCGUUCAAACAUGAGCUCCCGUUCUUUGCCCACCUUUCGCAAGACCCUACCUUGAACCAGCAGUUCUCUGGGUACAUGAAGAGCGUGACUGGUGGUGAAGGCACUGAUCUCACGCACUUGGUCAACGGCUUUCCUUGGGGCGAGUUGGCAGAUGGAUGCUCAGUGAUUGAUGUCGGCGGGUCCACUGGCCAUGGGACUUUCGCGCUCGCUAGUGCCUAUCCAGGUCUCCGCUUCGAGGUUCAAGAUCUCCCAGAAGUGACCAAGAACGGCCUGGGUCUUCUGGAAAAACAUCCAGAGUCACUAGCCACGAGGGUCCAGUUCCGUUCUCACGACUUCUUCCAGCCGCAGCCGGUAGAAGGAGCUUCGGUGUAUCUCCUGCGGAUGAUACUUCACGACUGGGCGGAUGCCGACGCUAUCAAGAUACUAUCCAACAUAGUCUCGUCCAUGUCCGCGAGCUCCGUCAUUCUCCUCAUGGAUACGGUCUUGCCGGAUCCUGGCGCUGUGCCCGCGAUUCAAGAGCGAGCCCUCCGCGUCCGGGACCUUACGAUGAGACAAGUGUUCAACAGCAAAGAGCGGACGCUGGACGACUGGACGUCGCUUCUCAGCUUAGUCGACGGCCGGUUGUACUUGUCGAGCGUAACGCAGCCCCCAGGGAGUCACAUGAGUCUCAUGACCGUGUCGUUAAGGUCUACCUAG